ACACACAGUAAUAAUCAUCAAGAGACUUGUUCAGCGCCGUACCCAGGCAAUAGCUGCGAGUACAGGGCUUCGUCAACAAGACGAAACUAAACACGCGGCUGUCAGUGACAUGGAGCAGAUCCCAUCAGAUGAAGAAGUUUGUGUGGCAUCGCUGGCUGACCGAGACUCAGUCGUGGCGAUAGACGAUGACGUGUACAGCGGCCUGGAUGACCUCCCUACCACCUACCCGUCUCUUGUGGAAGGACCCGGCGUUCGUGGCUACCUCUACAAAAAAGGAGGCAGAACUGUUGGAUUUAUGACCACUGAACUGACAGAUGGAGGAAGAACUCUGGUUAUGAAUGCAGCAAGAAUAGUAAAGGAAUACAGAGGGAGAGGAAUGUUAGGGCGUUUUAUAAGAGUGGUCCUUGACCAAUAUAUCCGGUCACAUGACAUUUGGUACCUUGCGUUUACAGUUGAUAACACCAACAUGGCAGUUAAUGGACAGAGAUUUCUGAGAACAUAUAGAAAGGUAUCCGAGAAGACCGUGACAUGCGUCGAGCUGACUUCCUCUGAUUUUAGUUUCCAUGGGAAAACGGAAUCCUAUUGUCCAGGAAUGAGAAUACUCUCUGGUGAUGAUAUGACUUCUAUCAUGUCUAGUGAGUCUAUAGUCGACCUGCUUCAUCUCUUUCCGGACAGAAGAAUGAUUCUGGACUGGAAGCCAUACCGAGCGAUGCCAGAGAACGUCCCCAUCAUCACCAACACCUGCACGCAUCGCGUUUUUGUGGCAACAGACGCCGAGAGUAGUGCCCCGUUGAACAGGUCUCGCAGUUCUCUCCCUCGCAUCCUCUCCGCAGGUAGCUACUCCAGGUGUAAGAUAGGUAUCUGUUACACAGCAGAUGUUUUUGGUGACGGAAGUGAGGACGAGCUGCGUGCGCACAUCACGUGGCACAUUCUGCGUUCCUCUAACGUAGGUAACGGUAACGUUGCUAUUACUGUCUUUUACACCAGAAGCUUGCAUGAAAUGAUGGCAGACCUGGGAAAGACCUUUCCACUUAGAAAAUCAAAUCUGCCUUUUACACAGGUAAUUUCAUUCGAACAAGUGUUGAAGAGCAGCCGUCUCUAAACUAGUACAACUGGCAUUCCUUCAGUCACAUGCGAGUAACGAGCUGACAUCGUCUGAUUCUUGUUCUAAUGUGAAAACGAAAUCAUUUAUUCUAGAAAGAAAAACGAACUCUAGUAAUUUCAUCUUGUCUUUCGUGUUUUGCGAGUGUGUAGUCGACCUGCUCCAUCUCUUCCCAGACGGAAGAAUUAUUGGAGAAAGGAAUCCAUAGAGAGUAAUGUCAGAGGUAAAGCCCCACAUUUACCAGAAGCUACAUCCGAUGUCAUCCCCAGUGUGAGGUCCUGUGGAGAUGAAAAGCAAACCACGGAGCAUGUUCGACAGAAGUGUAGGCACCUUUAGGAACUGCUAAUUCCUCCUAUAAAUCGUUUUUGGUUGUCUUUUUUCGUACAUUAAAGUCGUUGCCAAUAAGAAA